AUGUUUUGGGUUUUUAGCUUUCAUUGUCACAUAUACCCGUAUGCUGAUGAAGAAUCUGCUCGUUUGGAGACGCUGAGAGACCUUUUGGUGCAAAUCCAGGACAUGCAGAAGGUAAGAUGGCAAUUUGUAGUAGAUAAAACGUGUGUGGGUCAGAAACAAAUAUAAUCAAAAUGUUCUUGUUCUAAUGUAUGGACCUAGUUGUUGCUGUUUGAUAUUUUUAUUGGAAGUGUUCAGUUGUCACCCCACCUUGGCCUCUAUAGUUCAGGUAAACCUGAAAACCCACACAAUCUGUAAGAAUGCUUACCAGGAAGACUGGUUUGAUUGGUAGUGUAUUUGGAGAGUGUCCCUUUUAAGUGCAAAUUGAAGCUCUGUUACUAGACGACUGAAGAGGUUCUGACACCAGGCUGCCAAUCAGAGGUUUGUAUGUGGCCACAAAUAUAUGGCCACAAAAAUACAUUUAUUUAUUUUUUAAGAAGUUGUGUCGUAGAAUUUGCAGAGAUACUUCCACAAAACAUUCUGUUUUCAGAUGUGGACUCAAGUAAAUGCCUUGAAUUAAAAGCUAGCUUAUUGCCAGUCACCGACGUCAAGAAUAGACUCUAGGUAAAUACAGGAGACUGUCUUUGGUGAAGCAGGACUAUACUGAAUAUAAAAUUAGUCAACCAGGAUAUUGAUCGAAAGAGAUAUCUGAUUGCCUUUUAUGGAGUCAAGAUUGAUUUAUUUUGCCUUUUUUUUUUUUUUAAUUUUUUUUUUACAUUAUUGGAAAUGGCUACAUUUGGGGUUUUUGCCCUCUUUUGGAUCAUAAAAUAAUGGGUUUUAUGGUUGAACUUAAUGGACUUUAGUCCCUUUUUUUUUUUUUUUCCAACAUAGACAAUUAUGUAACUAUGUAAUAAGUUUAUUGUAAUACAAGCUUAUUUUAUAUGUUUAUUAUUGCAAGGCACCACUGGAUCUAAAACAUUUUAUCUAUAAUCUAAUUGCAUGAUGACAGUUAAGUGUAUAAGCCAACAAGGGGGGAAAAAAUGAAUUGAUCAUGAGAUUGGAAGAAAACAAACUUUGCAUUUACUAUCAGCCAGUUACUUAAAGGGAACCGAAAAUUCUAUAGACAACACACUGAGCAUAGCUACAAGAAGACCUCGUUUAUCAAAUAACUCAGGAAUUUGGAAUAAUAAUAACAAAGUAUUUAACCAGGAAAGGUACGUCCUGGGGAUGUUUCCUUAGCCCACCAUCCAGGGAAUGCCUGAAAUAUAUUUGUUGGAGCCAAAAUAAUGGUUAUUUACAAAAGUGAGAAUUGUAAGGUAUUCAAAGUGAAUUAAAUGUUCAGACCAAAAAAGCUGAAUUGGUAAAAUUCUCCAAGUCAGCUAUGAUUUGAGUUCUGCUGUUUUGGUCUGAACAUUUGGUCUGAAUUUGAACUCCACUUUGAAUUCUCAACAAUUCCUUUAGAUUCGAAAGACUUCUAGGCUCAGAUUGCACAGCAAACUAGAUAAUCUAGGAGUACUGAAAUCCAUCCAAAAUUCCCCCUUAUGCAGACUUUAAAUAGUGUGAAUAAUGUAUUGAUUUUGCAGUCCAGGUGCCCCUGAAUUAAUCCAGACUUUUGCAAAAGACAUGGGGCAUUUAAACUUAAGUGAAUAAUACCCAUUAUCAUUACAAUAUCUAUGAUAUUGAUACACUCUUGUUGGCAAUUCUAUUGACCUUUUAGAAGGUCAUCUAGAGUAACAACCUUCAAUUUCUACGAGCAUUCCACUCCAAAAUCCAAAAGUGUAUGUGUCCCUUAUCUGUUCAUGUCACUAAAGAUUGACCAUGUAUGAGAUGCAUGUAAGAAAAAUCACCAAAAUAUAGAAUAUAUGUAUUCUACAUCCUUCCUUUUUUGUAUACCGUAAAUAUUUGUCUACUUAUCUUGUGCGAUUUAGUAUUACUGGGAACUUUGGGGGAAUGUAUGAUUUUGUAGGGAGAGCACAUAAGGAGGGUGCUAUCUGCUUCUCUACCUGGCCUAGGGAGGAUGAGUGGUGACAAUCAUUGUAUUUUGAGUCAAUGGAAUGUUUUCAUGCUUGGUGUUUUUGGUUUCCUGUAGGUCCUUUCUCAGACCGAGAGUUACCAGUCACAGGUUCUAAAUCGAGCUGCUUCUUCUCUGCACCACUGGAGAGUCAGUGUGAGAAAAAUGAAGCACAUCUAUCUUAUCCUGAAUUUGUGCAGUGUGCGUGAGCGCUGUCUCAUUGGUGAAGUGUGGUGUCCUGUGAAUGACCUACCCGUUCUCCAGGGAGCUCUAGCCAGAGCUUCGGUGAGUCUGUUUUUGCGAUAUUUCUCAUUGUAUGUUUGGUAAAGUACUAAAUGUUUUGGAAGUAAUCUGGACCUUUUUGAGGCAUAAUCCACAAAUUACAUUAAAAAUAUAUUUUAGAUUACUAGUCUCAUUGUAAAAAAAUGCAAUCUAAAUAGUGCACAUUUUUCUGUGCAAUUUACUAUGUAGAACUAUUUUCAUUUACAGGAAGACAGUGGAGGUGGUGGAGAAUCAUUCUGUCAUCGGAUUCCAUGUUCUGUCAGUCCUCCAACUCUUAUUCGCACUAAUAAAUUCACUGCAGGUUUUCAAGAAAUUGUUGAUUCCUACGGAGUGGCUAGUUAUCAAGAGGUCAACCCAGGUGUGUCCUUGUUAGUGUUUACUUUCACUUUCUACACUUCCUGUCAUACCAAGACCAGUUUACAGAGGUAGAAAAGUGGAACGCAAAAAGCACACUCUUCCUGAACACUGACAAAACUGUCACAAUGAUCUUUGGAACAGUACCUAAAUUACACAAUUCCCACCUAUCCAUCAAAACAAAUUCAAAUGGCACACUGACCGCAGUCCAUUCUUUCAAAUACUUGGGUAUGAUGUUAGACCCCAAUCUAUCUUUUGGCCUCCACAUAGAAAAGCUUGCAUCUAAACUUUAUCCAAAACUAGGUGCCCUGUACAGAAACAAAUCCUGCCUAAGCCCUACAGUAAAGAAAACGAUUGUACUGCAAAUGCUGAUUCCAAUCAUUGAUUAUGGGGAUGUAGUAUCUGCAUCGCAAUCCCAAAUUAAUAAACUCAACACAUUGUAUAACUCGUUCUGCUGAUUUGUGCUACAAUGUAAUUACAGGACUCACCAUUGUGACAUGCUAAAAGAACUAAACUGGCUGUCGCUUGAAUCCAGACGCACCCUUCAUCUUUCCAGCCUUGUGUUUAAGAGCUUUUCUGGGAAACUCCCACCCUACCUGAACACAAUGCUUUCCUCAGCUGUUCCCACUUCCUAUAACCUCCGAUCCAGUACCAACACUUUACUUAGACUACCUCAAUACAAAAAGAAAGCAGCCUGAUCCUCCUUCUCCUAUAGAGCACCGCAAUUGUGGAACGACCUCCCGCACAAUUUAAAAUCUUCCCUAAGCUUAAAGUCCUUUAAGAGAUCCCUCUCUACAUACCUCAAAACAGAAUGCACGUGUCAUGGUCGAUUAUAUAUUUCCUGCCUGUUCUAUGUUCAAUUUUGUAUUUAUUGUGUAUUAAUGUUGUUGUUUUUGUAUUUUAUUGUACCCUAAUUGUAACAAUGCAAUGAUUUGUGGACCCAGGACAUACUUGAAAACGAGAGAAAUCUCAAUGUAUCUUUCCUGGUAAAAUAUUUUAUAAAUAAAGGAAAUACCUAUGUUCUUGUUGCUUAAAACAAUGUUGAUGUUCUUGCAGCAUUGUACACGAUCAUAACAUUCCCGUUCCUUUUUGCUGUGAUGUUUGGUGAUGUUGGACAUGGUAUCCUUAUGUUUCUAUUCGCUCUCUGGCUAGUUCUUGGGGAGGACGACCCAAAACUUAAACGCUCAGAGAAUGAGGUGAGAAAUGUCAUGAAACUAAAAUGUUAAAGGGAAAUGUAGGCAGUUCUGUUAGAAUUUUCUCCAUAUAUUUUUCUUUCUGUUUCAGAUUUUUUCUAUGUGUUUUGGUGGUCGUUAUCUUAUCCUCCUGAUGGGUGCCUUCUCUGUAUACACAGGGUUUGUGUAUAACGAGUGUUUCAGCCGUGCAACUUCAAUUUUUCCUUCCGGAUGGAAUGUUACAUCCAUGGCAUAUGAUAAUAAUGACUUGCAGUGAGUAAAACUUAGUCUCUGUAUACACAUGCUUCUUUACCUGCUUUCUAUUGCCUAACUUUUAUCUUUAAAUGUAUUGUUUAGUAAGGCAUUUAAGGCAAAGUCUCCUGUGGAUCCACUGAACCCAAACAUGACUGGUGUCUUCAUAGGUGUAUAUCCAUUUGGCAUUGAUCCAGUAAGUUUCUUGUAUAAAUCAAUUGCAUCUUUAUUUGAUUUGUUGUGGGGUGUGUAA